AUGACCACUGAAGUAUCUCAAGCUCCGCUCAAGUCUCAACAGCGAUUUUCUUUGCUGAAACAGUCGUGUGUUCCCAAAUUACCGCAUGAACUGGACCUCGGAACUACUCAUCGCAACACACUGAAGAGGCUUGAUGUGCAAAUCCGACAGAUGCUACGAACUCGGCUUAAACUUUCGACCGUCACACCACCCUCCUUCCUCUAUGCUAAAAUUCGUGACGAGGACGUUGGUGUCCCAUACCUGAAAACUCUCGUCCCUAGUGUAAAUCGCCGACGCCUGGACAAUGUGCUCAGCUCAAAAGAACCUGUGGUUAGAACAGCCGAUACAAUUCCUUCUGUCUUCUCUAGCAUGCGGCUCGCCGCUGAGGCAGCGCGAGUGGGCUGCAAGGUCUUGGCCUCGAAAAAGACGGUCAAAGAUAUUGGAGAGACGCCCUUUACAAUUCCGCGGAGGGUCGCGCCCGUGGUCAUUUCGCCAAAUCUACCUGGGCUAAUCACCGGCUCUCCCACUCUGAUCGAGUGUUUUCCUGGUUGUUCCAUCGAGGUGUCCAACUUAAGUCGAGUGUCCUCCCAACCAAAGCUCGCAGGAAUCGAAGGAUACGUUCUGGGGAUAUGCUGUGUCGAGGUCAAUGACGGCACACUCUGUAAACAUGAUUGCAUUCUCCUGAAUAAUAGCAGUGCUACGGCGAUAGAUGUUGCGGUUGCCGGCGAAGACUGUACGGAAAGUCUGUACACAGGGAAGAUAGAAUGCUACUCAGCGGCUGAAAUCGAAGCAAAUCUUCGUCAGAUCCCCACGAAACCGACAGACUUCCCGAUCACCCAUAUGCCAGCGGUCUUCGCUGCACGUGGCUCUGUCUACCUGCGCACUGAACGAAACCUUCGGAUACUUGGACUCUCCAAGUUCGAAAUCUCGGACCUAUCUCUGGCAGAGAUCCGCGGAUCUUUAUAG